GAUUUUGAUCGAAAUGCUCAGUCGGGAAACGUCAGAGAGAUAGAAUUUUCCUUGUCCACUUUUCCCUUGGAUUUUUCACCAAUUUGCACACAUUUAGGGUGAAAAAUGAGUCUUAUUCGGAACGUUGGUCGAUUGGCUCAGCAGAGCGCUCGUCAGGUGUCCACGAGCAGCGUGUGCAACUCCGCCAAAGGUGAAGUCCACCCCGGAUACCAAAGGCUUAAGGAAGUUCAGGCGAAGUUCCAGAAACCCGAUGGACUUCCUGUACAUCUGAAGAUGGGCGCACGCGAUCAAAUCAUGUACAGGAUCACCAUGGGUCUGAGUCUGGUUGGUCUUGGCUUCAUUGGCAAGCUCUUCUAUGAGCUGAGCUAUCCAAAGGAAGAGUAGAUCAACAUCCUUAAGCUGUUCACACCCUCCCGAAUGCCGAUCCUCCGUAGUCGUCUCAGUAGUUGAAAUUCCACCAGAAACACGGGUCAUGGCAACAGAACAUUUCCACGGAAAGCAUUUUCAGGAUAACAGUUCAAUGGAGAGGCAUUUUGGUAAAUAAAGUCUAAUGUAUUCGUGAGAUAA